AUGCUAGAAAUCUACUAUGAGCAAAUGAGCUACGAGGUUCUGCGAGAAUCUGAAUCGUACUCAUUCGUAAAUCUCAUAUCCGACAUCGGAGGACAGAUGGGGUUAUGGUUAGGAGCUUCGGUUCUGACUGCCAUCGAAAUCCUUAUUUUUCUCAUCAGCGUGGUUUCCAUUGCCUUGGGAACUCAUUUGAACUACGGUGACAAGAACAAAACCGCUGGAAAGAAGUCACGUGACGAAGACGUUAGUCGAAAAGCAUCUACGAAAACUAAUUACGAGGCUGAAUGA